CGCUCUGCAGCAUCGAAGACGAGAGCCAUGGCGAAGGGAAUCAACACGACCAAGGCAUCGGCCGACAACCCGAACCGCAAGGCCCCCAAGCGGCAGAAGGCAGCCAACAUGCGUGACAAGAGCACCAUCAAGCGCCUCAACAUGUACCGCAACAGCGGCCCCAUCCGGAACAAGGCCGGCAAGGUCGUGGGCGGUAGCCUCAUGAUGAAGAACAAGGCCGGCGGACAGGAGAUUACCAGUGCUAGUGGCCGCGUGCAGCCUGACCGUCGCUGGUUUGGCAACACGCGUGUCGUGGGGCAGAAGGAGUUGGACAAGUUCCGCAACGAAAUGUCCCUCAAGACCGCCGAUCCGUACUCGGUGGUGCUGCGCACACGUAAGCUGCCUAUGGGUCUUCUACAGGAGAGCGAGAAGACGACGCGCAUGAAGCUUCUGGAAACCGAGAGCUACGACGAGGUCUUCGACGGUAAGCGCAGCCGCAAACGAGCCAAGAUUGCGGCCACGGACUACACGUCUCUGGUCUCCAGAGCACAGGAGAAUACAGAAAAAUACGAGGCCAAGGGUCCUGAUCGCAAUAUCGCUGUGGAGCAGGAGUUCAAGGACGAGGUCUCCCAUGACGUGUUCAACAAGGGCCAGUCCAAGCGUAUCUGGGGCGAGCUGUACAAGGUUUUGGACUGCUCGGAUGUCGUUAUUCAAGUGCUAGACGCCCGCAACGUGCCUGGUACGCGAUGCGAGCACGUGGAGAAGCACAUCCGCAAGAACGCUUCCCACAAGCACCUGAUUUUUGUGAUCAACAAGUGCGACCUCGUGCCCAACUGGGUCACCAAGCGGUGGGUACAGAAGCUUAGCGAGGCGACGCCUACACUGGCGUUUCAUGCGUCUAUGACCAACCCGUUCGGCAAGGGCGCACUGAUCAACUUGCUGCGUCAAUUUGCAAAGCUUCAUCAGGAGAAGAAGCAGAUCUCGGUGGGUCUCAUUGGCUACCCCAACGUGGGCAAGAGUUCCGUUAUCAAUGCAUUGCGUAAGAAGAAAGUGUGCAAGGUGGCUCCGAUCCCAGACUUCAUUCUGACCAUCUUACAACGCGUCAAGAAAGAGUUCAUUAUCAAGGUGUACGGCAUCGAGGAGUGGAAUGAUGAGUGGGAUUUUUUGGAAAAACUCGCCAACAAGUGCGGUAAGUUGUUGCAGAAGGGUGAGCCCGACUACAACAAUGUCGCAGUGCAGAUAAUCAACGACUACCAGCGUGGCAAGCUGCCCUGGUUCAUCGCUCCACCCAUGCGUGCGGAGGAGCUCGCUGCUCUCGAGAAAAAGGGUGACGACGCUCCGCUCAACGAGGCGGAGGCUAGCGAGGAUGAGCCUGUGGAGCUGGACGACGAUGAGAAAGUAGAGCAUGAAGACGAAAGCGCGGAGACGGACAGCGUCAGUCAUGAAGUGGACAAGGAGAAAUGA